AACCCAGGCACCAGCCAGCUCCUCACCUACGCACAGUCUCACAGACACUGCGCGAGAGCAGCUUCACUACUUCCCUCCCAUCCGAGCCCAAGAAGCAACAAUGGUGGCGUCGAAGGCCACCAUCGUCUGCUUCAUGGUCGUGACCCUCGCAGCGGCGCUGCUGGCGGCGCCGGGCGUGGUGGAGGCGGUGACGUGCAGCCCGACGCAGCUGACCCCGUGCGCGCCGGCCAUCAUCGGGAACGCGGCGCCGAGCGCGGCGUGCUGCGGGAAGCUGAAGGCGCACCCGGCGAGCUGCCUGUGCAAGUACAAGAAGGACCCCAACCUGCAGCGCUACGUCAACUCCCCCAACGGCAAGAAGGUCUUCGCCGCAUGCAAGGUCCGCCUGCCAAGGUGCUGAACUAGCUAUUGGUGCCACGAGCUCCAUCCAUCUCUGUCUCCCGCAUGACAAUGUGGCAUGGCCGUUGGUGUAGGUUACGUAUACGUGAGGUAAUAAAACGAGGGGUGUGUUAGAUACUUUAUUAUUAAAUUAAAAAGUAAUAAAUGCGGACUUAUGUCUAUG